CUCUCUCUCUCUCUCUCUCUCUGGACUUUGUAAAGCAGCCGCUUUUGUUCUAGGAAGAAAAAAAACCCACUUUAUACAACCCAAAAGUGGCUAGCAAUGGGCUGCUGCUUUCUCCCUUGUUUUUGUUCUUCCAAACAUCGAAAAUCUAGGAAAAAGCAGGCUAUAAUUCACUCUGGAGAUCAUCAAGGAUAUGGGACUUCUCAAACUCCUCUUCAACCCACCAAGCCCACAAAGCAAGAAGUCAAAAAGAACACUGAACCCAUCAUCACAGAUUCUAAAAAGAAAGUUACAUUUGAUUUGAAUGUCAAGACCUAUGAGGAGUCCUCUGCCCAAAAGAUCCAAAACUGUUCAGUGGAAUGCGAGAAAGGUAAAGAAAAAGAGAGGGAAAACAAAGAGGAAACACAAAAUGAAAGGCAGAGCCUAUCAGAUUCUAGUAUGUCAAGUGUAUUCUCUUAUCCUCCAAGCCAUAGAUACCACAAUUUCACAACCAUUGAUGAUGAUCAAUCUGAAGACAUGGAAUUGGUAGAAACUACUGAUUCAGAUGACAUCAAUGAUCAUGAUGCAUUGGCUCAGGAACAAGACUCUUCUGAGUCAUUGUUUUCUUUAUCCAUAGGAUCCAGAAAACAAGUCUCCGCAUCAGAAAUUGAUGAAAAGGAGGUCAAUAGUCCGAUAACAAUCCCCGUCACAACCGGGUCAAAUCAGAUUUCUAGAGAGUCUGCGUUGAAUCCAAUUGGGAAUCUUACUCGAUGGAAAGCGGACAAAGCAAAGAGGGCAUUCACACCAUUAAAAGAUCGAGAAAAAGAGAACAUCAAUUUGGAGCAAGAAAUAAGUAUACCCUUUAGUGAAGAACCUAGUUUGAAGUCAUCUGAUUCUAGAGAGUCCGUGUUGAAUCCAAUUGAGAAUCUUUCUCAAUGGAAAGCGGCUAAAGCGAAGAGGGCAUUCACACCAUUAAAGGGUCAAGAAAAGGAAAAUAUUGAUUCGGAGCAAGAACUAAGCAUACCCUUGAGUGAAGAGCCUAGUUUCAAGUCCUCGAAGCACGGUUCUCAACGACGAUCCAAUAGAGCAAAGCAAGAGUUCAAUGAAAUUGCAGUGGAUACUAGUCUGUCAAGUUGGUUAGUUGAAUCUGAAACAACACCUAUGACUAAAAGUACUCCUUUUAACUCUGUUGGGAAUUCACCAGAUAGAGCAAAUUCAUCAACAUGUAAUGAAGAUAGGCCCAUUUUAGGAGCAUUAACUGUUGAGGAUCUCAAGAAGUUGUCGGCCUCUUCAUCUCCGAGGCGAUCACCUAGCCGGAGUCCAGAUGAGAUACCCAUUAUUGGCACUGUUGGGAGUUACUGGAAACAUACAGGACAGGGCAUUGGCUCAGACUCAGGGUCAUCUCGUAAAGGAAUGCCUAGCACCACAAGCAAGUAUAGAGAGUCGAACAAAAGGGUGAAGUGGCAUUCUACAUUAGAGACAAGGUUGGAAGAGGGAGCUUUGGACAGAGGUAUUGCUCAAGUUUAGCAGACACAGCAUUAUGUCAUAUGGUUUGAGAAUAAUAUUUAUUGUGCCGUUUUGGAUUGUGUUUUUGUUUAGUAUAUGAAUGUGAUUUCAUAUUUUCAUUGGUGCAGUAGAAAUACAAAUAAUGAUAUUAAGUAGUAUCAUAUUCCA